UUAUGGAGAUAUAAUUAAAGGAACUGAUAUGAUAGAUUCUGUAGCAUUCAAAGAUAUUAAAGGAAAAUUAGAGAAAGUGCUUAAAAAAAACUCAAAUGGAACUACUACACCUGAAGACUGGUGGAAAAAAAAUAAAAAAUAUGUAUGGCACGCGAUGUUAUGCGGAUACAAAAAAACAGGAUACAUGCCUGAUCCAUACGGAUCCAUUUGCAUCGAACCCGAUACGGAUGAAACACCUCAAUUCUUACGAUGGAUGAUAGAAUGGGCUAAAAUAUUCUGUAAUGAGAAAAGAAGUAAAAGAACAUAUAUCCUGAACCAUUGUAAGGAUUCAAUGGAUAAUAAUAAAAACCAUGCAAAACUAACUGAUACAUAUGAAUGCAAAACUGCUGUCGAGGAUUAUCUACAAAGGUCUAGAAACAUAAAUGACAAAUGGACUGGAUUAUCUGAAAAAUUUAAUAGAUCCAAAAAAACUCUUCCUAAUGCAUAUAGAAAAUAUAGUCCUGAAAAAUAUUUAAAAUCAAAAUGUGGUGAUUGUGAUUGUAAAUAUCAGGAUUUACAAGAUAUAGUUGAUGCAGAUAAGGAUGUAAAAAUAACAGAUGAUGUUAUUGAAAAAAUUAUUGAUCAAGCAAAAAACGAUAAGGAACAAACACCUUGGUCAUGGGUAUAUCCUUCAUCAUGGCCUACAUGGAAAAUAAAUGGACUUCCUAAAUGGACAAUGGAUGGAUCUAUAUCAAUUAAAUGGCCAACGUUUGAAUGGCCUAAAAUUGACUGGGAACAACCUGUCUCAAAAAUAAUAGAUUCAGUUAUGAACAUAUCAGAUAUUAUAUCUCAUAUAGUAAAAAAUACAAAAAUAAUACCCACGGAAAAAUAUAAACCACAACCCGAUUCAUCUAAUAAGAAAAAUGAACCAAAUGUGGAUAUAAAUUCAAAACAACAUAACCAAAGUUUCCAAUUAUAUGAACGUCCAGAAAUAAUUGUUCCUACCAUAGGUGCAGUGGCGGCAACUAUACUUGGAAUCAUGCUAUACAAGUGGAGAAGUCCCCUUAGAAGUAAAGUGCAUAUCGACGAUAUGUUCCGAGUAUUAGAAAUGCCACAGAACGAUUAUAACAUACCUGAUAAAAUAUCUUCCAAUAGAUAUGUACCAUAUGGUAAAUAUAAAGGAAAAACGUACUUAUAUGUUGAAGGAGAAGAAACGGACGAUUAUAUUGGUAAUAUAUCUUCAUCUGAUAUUACUUCUUCAUCAGAAAGUGAGUAUGAAGAGAUGGAUAUCAAUGAUAUAUAUCCAUAUAAAUCACCUAAAUAUAAAACGUUGAUCGAAGUGGUACUAAAACCUAGUACAAAUAAUAACGUACAAGAUACUUAUACAGAUGAUGUGAAAAAUAAUAGUGAUAUACCCAU